AUCACAGCCCAGUGGAGCCGGGCUCUCAUUCACAGCUUUCUAGAGAAAUCUGAGCCCGAACCUGCCAGAAUAGGGGAUCUCACCUACUCAGCUCAGCAGCGCGGACACCUGCAGAAACACAUUCCCAAAGCCAGGCUGGGCGGCCGUGUGAAGUGGCAAUGGCCUCGCUUCUGCUUCCCUUUUGGAGCGCUGCCACCACAUAGGACCUGGAUGUCCUGCUGUUUCCCAGGCACAGAACGAAGACCCUUGCUCUGUCUGUUUCGGUGGCAGCCUGGUCGGAAAACAACUGUGGAGCGGGCCAGGGUUCCAGCAGGCCAUCACGUGAAUGGGACCAGUUUCUCUUCUUCCCAAAUAUCAGCAAUUAAACCCUUGGAAAGGAGAUUUGGCCAAGAUGACCCAUUUACAGGCUGGACUCAGUCCAGAGACUAUAGAGAAAGCUCGCCUGGAACUGAAUGAAAACCCAGAUAUUUUACACCAAGAUAUUCAGCAAGUCAGGGACAUGAUCAUCACCAGGCCUGACAUUGGAUUUUUACGUACAGAUGAUGCCUUCAUCCUGAGAUUUCUCCGAGCCAGGAAGUUUCACCAAGCAGAUGCCUUUAGACUCCUGGCCCAGUACUUCCAGUACCGCCAGCUAAACCUGGACAUGUUCAAAAACUUCAAGGCCGAUGACCCUGGCAUUAAGAGGGCGCUCAUCGACGGCUUCCCUGGAGUGCUGGAAAACCGCGACCAUUACGGCAGGAAGAUUCUCCUGCUAUUUGCAGCCAAUUGGGACCAGAGUAGGAACUCCUUCACGGACAUCCUGCGGGCCAUCCUGCUGUCCCUGGAAGUCCUCAUUGAAGAUCCGGAGCUUCAGAUCAACGGGUUCCUUUUAAUCAUAGACUGGAGCAAUUUUUCCUUCAAACAAGCCUCCAAGCUGACACCUUCCAUUCUCAGACUGGCCAUCGAAGGGCUGCAGGACAGCUUUCCUGCCCGCUUCGGAGGAGUCCAUUUCGUCAACCAGCCCUGGUACAUUCAUGCCCUGUACACGCUCAUCAAGCCAUUCCUUAAAGACAAGACCAGGAAGCGGAUUUUCCUGCACGGGAACAAUUUAAACAGCCUUCACCAGCUCAUACACCCGGAGUUUUUGCCCUCUGAAUUUGGAGGAACCCUUCCUCCUUAUGACAUGGGAACUUGGGCCCGGACAUUACUCGGUCCCGACUACAGUGAUGAAAAUGACUACACUCACACGUCCUACAAUGCGAUGUACGUGAAACACACGUCCUCCAACCUGGAGAGGGAGUGCUCACCCAAGCCGAUGAAGAGAUCUCAGUCUGUGGUAGAAGCUGGGACCCUGAAACAUGAGGAGAAGGGAGAGAAUGAGAACACUCAGCCACUCUUGGCUCUGGACUGAACCCCGAGUCACUCCACAUUCCCGCAUAUCGCCAGCCGCCGGUGGUAUCAGCCGCCUAGGAAGCACAUGCGCACUGACCCCACAGACAGGUACGGCUUGACCCAAGGCUCUCCACUCCUGCCACCAGCCAUUGGUCGAAGCAGCCAAAGUUGAACAAAGACUUGAGAGAUGCUUUCCCCCCCCCCCCGCAAUGAGGGCAUUGGGUAGAGGAUAAAGCAAGGCAGUUACAUAAUCAAGAUUUUCCUCCCCCACAUUUAUGGUAUUAAAUGCAUUACUAAAUUUGAUGCACACACUGCAUUAGAACAAGGAUUUUUCUGAGGCAUCGCCCAGAGACCUUCUCCCGUUUUUGCAAUUUAAGAUUAAGUGCAUUUCCGAGUAGAUACAUCACAAUUGUCAAGUUCAAUGUAGUGCAGAGCCCUGAGACAAUGGUAUCUCCAGUAAUUUCCAUUCUUAUUGAAUUAUUUUCUUUGACCUCAUCACCAGCAUCAAGUUAUUCAGCCUCAGAGCAAGUUCUCUGAGGCCUGGCUAUGUUCAGAGGCUGCUUAUUUUGAUAUCCUGCAAAAAUGGUUUUGACAUCACAUCUUUUGUCAGGCUACCAGCUGAUCAUCAUGAGCUGACAUUAAAAGAAGGCACACAAUGUGAAAUAUGAUUAUUUCCUCUUAGC